AUGGCCACGGCCACAGUCCUCGCACCAAGCUCUCACUACCCUCAGUCCUCUUCAUACUCUAGCUAUCCACAACAUCAGACCGGAACAGCGCCGCCACCACCGUCAAACUCUGGCAGCAACAUGAUCUCUAGCGAGCACCGCAGACCUUCUGACGACAAGGAACAGCCUGGUCGACAAUCUCUGCCAUCUAUUUCUGAGGUUAUAUCUGGGACUAGGCCGGGCCAGUACCCCCCUCCAACCCAGCCGAAUUUGCAGCCUGGUUCUGGCCUGCCCUCACCUUUCACACCUGCUCCUCGCUCAUUUUCUGAACCUGAGAAGCAUUCGCCUCAACAGCUGCACACAUCGUCAACAUAUCCUCCUCGACAAGAAAACUUGCCUGCAUUCGCCGAUUCUCCGCGACCUCCGUUCAACGGUCGACACAGCUUGCCACCUGUUUCUGACCGCCGGCAAACUCCUCCUACAAAGCCUGACUUUCCGCAACACCGCCUUGCUGAAUCUCAACAACAGUCGGAUGCUCACGCUUCCAAUGGAGCGUAUGGUCAUCCACCACCGCCCACGUCGCAUCCUUAUCCUGCGGGGCAUCUCCCUCCCGGCCAAGUCCCUCUGCCUACGUAUCCGAUUUCACCUAGGCAUGCCGUACCGCCGGCCCCUGGUCAAUAUGAUUCUCGUGGACAGCCUGUACGACAUGAGGAAGCCGAGUAUCCUAGUCGGCCGAGGUUCGAACCCGCUCCGACUCGACACUUUGAGCCGUGGAACUACCAGGAAGCUCUCAGCCAUACUGGCUCUGCCUCGCGAACUAUCUUCAACUUUGCUGAAGCCUAUGGACGAAUUGCGCAGGAACAGCACGGUUCUCACCCACUUCCCGAGCGAUUACCCACUGAGCGGGAAGUCAACGAUAUGCUGGGGAAUAUCGACAUAAUUAAACGGUGCUUGGAGCAAGUCAGGGAUGCUGUUCAGGUAUCUAUCCAAAACGAGAGGGCUAGGGAAGGCACCAAAAUCAAAGGGGCAUUCGAGGAGCAUCAAGAUGUGCCGAUGUACGACAACGGAAUGAAGGCUCAGUACACCAUGACGGAGGUCAAGAAGCGUCGCGGGCGGGCUGCACCACCUGGCCGAUGUCACAGCUGCAACAGGAUUGAUACCCCCGAGUGGAGAAGAGGACCUGAUGGUGCUAGAACUCUCUGCAAUGCCUGUGGUCUUCAUUAUGCCAAGCUCGAACGGAAACGACAGCUAGAAGCCCGAUCUCUGCGUCCGAAACCUGAGGAUAGAAAUUAA